UCUUGAUGGAGAGCUCCCGGUUAGCUCGUUUGGUGACACGGGCUUUGACAACCUGACAGUGUUAAGACACAUGCAUCUCAACAACAACAAUCUUUCUGGUGCCAUCCCGGCUGCGCUGUCUACAAUGCCAAAACUAUUUCACUUGCUGCUGGACAACAAUAACUUUUCAGGAGCCAUACCUCCAGAAAUCGGCAAUUUGCCACAGCUGAGAAUCUUGAGACUCGAUAACAAUAAACUUGAGGGUCCUGUACCUGAAACCAUCAGCCGCAUGGCUUUACUCCUUGAGCUACAUUUGACUAAUAAUCCGCUCAAUGGGAGCUUGCCAGACUUGUCUGCUGUUCAGAACCUACAGCUCAUUCGAUCAGGCUAUGUGAACUUUAGCCCGUCAGAAAUACCACUGUGGUUGCUCAACAUGGCAAAACUUAAAACACUGGAAUUUUUCAAGGGAAACCUUGUCGGGCAGAUUCCGGAGGAGCUAUUCAGUCUUCCAAACCUUGAGGCAGCUUUUUUGGAUGAGAACCGUUUGAAUGGCUCCAUCGACUUUAGCACUGCAAGCCGGUCACUGGAACUGGUUUCGCUGGAAGAUAAUGAGAUUUCUAGCGUAACAUCUGUGCCAAGUCCUUUGACGAUCAGGCUUUCAGGAAAUCCUGUUUGCAGCAAUAACAAUCCUGACAAGUUUUGUUCGAGCAAUGGGAGAAUAUGGAACCCUUCAGUCAAUCGAUGCAAUAUAAUGUGCGACGAUCAGAAAACUUUGCAACCAGCUACGUGCUCCUGCGCGUAUCCACUAAUAUGCACGAUACAGUUCAUUACUCCACCCUUCUCAGCAAUAACGGUGGACAGGAUUGACAACGUUACGGGGCAGCUUUCCUUGGCGCUCAACAUUUCUCGGGGCCAGAUAUGGAUUGGAAGUGCAGACUUCACGUCCAAUCAUCGCCUUGUCAUGAACAUCCUUUUCUUUCCGCCCGGCAAGAAUGUCUACUUGGACCAAAGCUUGGUGUCGAAGAUUAUUCUCUUGCUGAGCAUACAGAGGGUCAGCGUGCCUGAGUUUGGGCCUAUGUUGCUCACAAACGCAAACCAGCCACAAACAACACCUCCGGUGGCAGCCAAACAAACUAAGUUUAUGUUUAUUGUCACGUUGUGCGUCUGCGUCGGAGUUUCAGCUGCGAUAGCGGGUCUCUGUAUCGUUCUUCUCGUUGUAAGGAGAAAACGGACUAGGAGCCCAAGCCACGAUUAUGGUUUCAGCAGCAUUGGGGAGAUUGCUCCCAAGUUCAAAGGAUGCAAAUGGUUUACUCUGGAUGACCUUAAGAAGGCAAGUGAUAACUUCUCAAGUAACCACUUGAUUGGUGUCGGUGGCUAUGGCAAGGUAUAUAAAGGACAGCUUCACACAGGAGAAUUAGUGGCAAUCAAGCGAGCCGAGAAAGAAUCCUUACAAGGCCUUGAAGAAUUCCGAACCGAGAUCGAGCUUUUUUCACGCUUGCACCACAAGAAUCUGGUGAACCUCAUCGGCUUUUGUACAGACGAUGGACAACAGAUGCUCGUGUACGAGUUCAUGCCCAACCGGACUUUAAGAGACCAUCUCUAUGCCUCUAAUACUGCAGAGCAAGCUCUCAACUGGAAGACACGUCUCUCCAUCGCACUCGGCUCUGCAAAAGGGCUGGAAUACCUUCACGAGCUGGCGGAUCCCCCCAUUAUCCACAGAGACGUCAAAUCCUCCAACAUUUUACUGGACGAGAACUUGGUGGCUAAAGUUGCGGACUUGGGCCUCUCAAAGCUGGCGCCAACUUGCAGUGACGAAAAGACAUAUAGCAGUGUCCAAGUGAAGGGAACUCUGGGGUACCUGGAUCCGGAGUACUAUGCUUAUCACCAGCUAUCAGCCAAGAGCGAUGUUUACAGCUUUGGAGUGGUGCUCAUAGAGAUCAUCACCGGGAAGCAGCCGAUUGACAAUGGCAGUUUCAUCGUCAAAGAGAUCAAGGAAUCGGUUGCCUGGGGUGGUGUCGCUUCGCUGCUCUCGUUUGUGGACAAGCGACUCCUGGACAAGACGACUGUAGAACAGGUGAAGAAGUACUUCCGGCUGGCACUGCAGUGCGUGGAGGACUCCGGCCAGGACAGACCGAAGAUGAACGAGGUGGUGAAGAAGCUUGAGGAGAUAAUCAAGUUGCAAGAGGUGCAUGGCUCCAGUGAUCACCAACAAAAUCACCAACAAAACGGUGACAGUAACGAGAAGGAGACCACCGGAGAGAGCAGCUUUGACGUUGGAGCUUUGAAUCCAGAGCUUUACGCUUGGUCCAGUGAUGACGCGGAAGAUCCAACUUUCCAAGCUUUCGGUUUUACUGCAGCAGGGGAGAGGCAAGCCGGAUUGGACCACCGAUGUACAGUAGACGAUUGAAAAGAAGGGCUCUAUAGUU